UAGAGGAGUGCGGUGGAUUGGACAGGAUUGAAGCUCUGCAGACACAUGAGAAUGAGAUGGUCUACAAAGCUGCUCUCAGUUUGAUUGAAAAGUACUUUGGCAAAGAGAGAGAUGGACGGUGGUCGAAAUGGGGGUCUGCUGGAGGACCAAAUGAACAGGCAGGAUGAGAAUGUUGGCCAAAAUACUGAAGUCACUGAGCCAGAGAGAGAAAGUAACUCAAUGGAGCUGUCAGACAGUGAUGUUGGAGGCAAUGGUUACUCUGUGACCAGUGAACCAGUGCUUUUGCUUAACUCUGAAACAGACAACAAGAGGACACCUGUCUUACUCCAGUACUCUUUCCAGUUGGAGCUCAGCAGUGGGGCACAACCGAGAGUAGAAGAGGAAAAUGAGGAACAGGAAGAACUUCUGGUGCUGGAUCCUGAACAUCCUCUAAUGAAGAGAUUUCAGUCUGCAUUGAAGAAACACCUAAGUAAUCAACUGGAGAGACAGACCCUUGAACUCCGUGAGAAGAAAGUACUGGAGAAAGCUGAGGUUCAGAGGCGUCAAGAACUUGCUGAGGAAGUGUACAUGGUGCAGGAGUUGUUGGCCAAACUCCAAGCAUCUCUGGAAGCCAGUCAUGAAGCUAAUGGCCAGACUGCUGCCCAGCGGAGACAGGCUCAAGAUAAGCUAGAUACAGUGAAGAAUCAGUACCAUGCAGCUGCUAGUCAUGCACGAAAACAACGUACACAAGUGUCUGAAUUACAAUCUAAGGUUGACAGCAUGGCCACGAUGCUGCUCUACAUGCAGAAGGCCAACACUGACCUGCGCUUGGACAUAAAAGCCAUAAUAAAUGCUUCAAACAAAGCUCAGAGAGAGAGAACUCAGGCAGAGGAGCACAAAUACCAGCAGGAUGUCUACGUCGAGCGCUUGACCAAGCAUGUUGAGAAGCUUUCAGGGCAGAUCGCUCUGUUUGAGGUUCAAAUCACUGCUCAGAGUGAGGAGACAAAGGCUGCAAAGGAGACUUAUUCUGAGGCACAGCUUGAACUUGACUCUCUUAAUGUCGAGCAUAAGCAGUUGUUCCAGCAGUGGAACAGCAGCCUGGUAAUGAUGAGAAGGAGGGAUGAAGCUUACAAUGCUAUGCAGGAAGAAUUGAGGCAGAUCAAUGAUCAGAUGCUUUCUCUAGAAACCAAAAUUGACGGUUAUAAAAAGUCCAUUACACAAGAAGAGGAGCAGAACGAGCGUCUCACUCUGCAUCUGAACCAGGCCCAGGCUGACUGCACCACUUCACAUAAACUCCUUACACACUCCCAGAACCAUCAGGAGGUCUUGCAGGCCCAGUACAGCAACUACACACAAAUACUGCAGGAGACGGAGAAAACUCUUAGCACAUUGCGUGUGGAGCGUGAGGUGUAUCAGUCCAAGCUCAAGGCUUUCAGAAAUCACAUGGAAAAAGAGUCUGCAGUGUGUUUAAACCUGCAGGAUCAGAUCAUGAACAAACUGAAAGAGCAGUUUACCCACAAUAAUUCAGCAAAGUAUUCAUGUCGACUGACUGAUAAAACUGUAUCACAGAGAAGAGAGAAGGAGGCUCAAUUAACUAAGUUGGAAAAUGGCGUUAAUGCUGUAAAGCUGGAGAGUCAAAUGUUGGUGACACAUCUGAAUUCUCUAGCCCCACUACAUGCAGAACUUGAGAAAGAAAUGUCCCAACAACACCAGCUGCUGUCCUCUCGUGAGGCUGAGAUCUCUGGAAACGUCACAGAUAUUGAACGAAAGCAAUCAAUGAUCAACAUCUUUAACAAGAAGAUCAAGGAGAUUGUAUCCAGUACUGGGCAUGAAGACCUAAGCCCCUUGGAGAUCUGUGCAGCCACCCUGUCCAAGGAACUUGAGGACGUUGGCACUGAGAUUAAAGAACAGCAGCAGUUGUGGCUCUGGCAGCAGGGGGAGCUUGUAAGAUUCACCCAGGAAAAACAGGCCCACAGCUGUUCUGUACAGACCCUGCGCACACAACUCACAAUUCUGCAGCAGAGCCAGAUUAACAGAAAGAGUGAGAUGGAGCAGGAUCAGCGUGAGCAAGCAGAUCUGGAGAACCAAAUCAAGGAUGUCAUGGCAGACAUGAUAAAACUGAAUUGUUUGCUCAGUAAAAACAGUGAUCUGAAUCAAACACUGCAGCAGAACAACAGUCAGAUGGAGACUGAAUUCAGACAGAGACUCAAGGAGGUUAAAAGCAAGUCGGUUGAGACUCAGCUAAAGCUGGAGAUGUUAAACAAAGAGAAAGAGAGACUCGUGAACAGCCUAGUGGAGGCAGAGCGACUUAUCAUGUUAUGGGAGAAGAGAACCCAGCUAAUGCGAGAGACAUGGUCUGCCAUCAACUCUGACAUUGGACAGGGAGACAUGCGAACAAUGGCACGAGAGGUUCAUCGCAUGGAGGUUCGAUAUGCUCAGCUAAUGAAGCAGCAAGAGCGGUUGUUAAGAGACAUGGAGUCAGUGGUGUCCAGGCGACAAACUAUAAUGAUUCUGAGUGAGGCUCAGACACGAUCUGACCAUAUGCAGGCUACACACACUGAAUACCACACUAUUCAGGGUCUGCACCGAAAGAUUCUACAAACAAAGAAGCAAUCAGAAGAGUGUGUUGGUGUCAUAGCUCAACUUGAGGAGAGGCAGCAUUAUUUGAGUUCCAGUCUCAGAGAGAAACAAACGGAUCUCAGUGACCUGCAGAAUAGAAGAGCUGUUCUCGCUCAGGACCUCACUGCAUUUCAGAAGACUAAAGAAAGAAACUUGUCUCGUCUGCUGACUCUCCAAAGUCAGGCGAAACACCUCCAGGAUGUUAUGCAGGGCCGAUACCGUCCUGUGGCAGGUGAAGACACUGUACUUGAACUGGAAAAACUGAAACAAGAGAAACGUUUAAAAAUGGUCAGCUCAAUUCUUCAGUAUUUGACCCAGGAGUGCCCUCAACAUCACAGCACCUUCCACAGACUCAACCUCACACUAGAAGAACACCUACACACUGGACUUUUGGACAGCCAGCAAGCAUAGACAUACUGUAAAGUACUACAUAUAUAUGUGCACGCAUGCAUUUUUAAGAGUAGUGUGUGAGGUAUGAUAUAUUUUGAGUAAUAAGAGAGAGACAUCCAUUGAACACAAAUUUUGCAUUCCAAGCACAGUCAAGAACUUUAAACUUCUGUAUUAGACAACAAGUAUCAGUGUAUAUACAAAGUCAUAUUUUGCUUUAAACAGAACUGUGGCAUACCCUGAAUAAACUCUUUUCCAAACCAUUAAAACAUACAAGACAAAAAGUGUACCUGGUGACUUAAUUACUAAGGACAAUGAUUUAAUAUUACAAGUCUGUGAUUGGCAAAAAAAAAAACGUGUACAGCUUAAAGGGUUAGUUCACCUGUUCAUCAGUUGUAUUUUGUUUUGUUUCCAAUAGUGUAUUGUGAUCGCCUCUUCACAAGCUUCAAAUGACACAACACCUUUUUUUAAAAUAUAAAAGUCAUUCUAUCAGAAUGGUUCAAGAUAGUGAUUUUUGCCGGAUUUGCAGUAUCAACAAAAUAAAAUAUAUUGUUGCUGUCCUUCCGAAACCUCAGAUUUCGAAAUUCACAGUUUUUCAGGAUAUGAAAAUAUCACUCUACUUUUUAAAUGAUUAAAAACUGUGUUGUCAAAGCACUUUUUAAUACUUUUUAUUGGUUACAUAUUAGCAAAACCCAGUGACAAAAAUAAAGGAUGACUAAUAAUAAUGAUUUAUGGCAAAAAAUAAAAUCAUGAAAUAUGGAGAUACAAGGUAUCAGAAAGAUAGCAGUGAUGUAUAUAUUGGUCAUAAAAGUAACACCUUUGUUUUGAGAAAUUUGUUUGAAAAAUGUUGGUAACAGAAAACCGUUGGUCCCCAUUUGACUUGCAUUGGUUUUGUGUCCAUACAAUAGAAGACAAUGGGCACCAACGAUUUUUGGUUACCAACAUUUUUCAAAAUAUAUUAUUUUGUGUUUUGCAGUAGAAAAUCACACACAUGACAGAAUUUUCAUUUUGAAGGUGAACUAUUCCUUUAAAGGAAUAGUUCAACCAAAUAUAACAUUUAAGCCAAAAUUUACUCGUGCUCCUGCCAUCCUUGAGCCAAACACAAUCUGAGUGAUUUUACAUAUAGCCUUGGAACGGCAUUGGAUAGAGACCCAUCCAUUCAUCACAAAAGUAAUCCACAUGACUUUUUUUCUUUGCUCAGUCACACAGGAUGUAAACAUUUAUAGAAUUUAACUGAAACUAAAAAAUAAAUUAUAUACAAAAAUUAACCCUUUUUAUGGUAAAAGUACAAUAAUCAUGUUUUGCCAUAUUGAUUACAGCUGAUGAAACCAUGGUUUUAUUAGAAAUAACCAUGGUUAACAAAAAUGACUGAGU